AUGCUUUUUGCUAUAUCUGAUGUAGCAAUCGGAGAUCGUAAUGAACAAGCAAAAGGCAUUCGAGCAUUAUUAGAUACAGUUAUACAAGCUCUGCCACAAGUUGGAAAUUUGGGUCUUUUAUUUUUUCUUCUUUUCUUCAUAUUUGCUGCACUUGGUGUUGACUUAUUUGGAAAAUUAGAAUGUAGUGAAAAACAUCCAUGUACUGGAUUUGAUAAACAUGCACAUUUUAAAGAUUUUGGUAUGCCUUUUUUAACAUUAUUUCGUAUUGCAACUGGUGAUAAUUGGAAUGGAAUAAUGAAAGAUGCAUUACGUCAAGAUGAUUCUCCGCAUGAUGGAAAAAAACAUUUAAUGACAGCAUUAGCACCAACUUAUUUUGUUAUAUUUGUUCUUAUGGCACAAUUUGUUCUUGUUAAUGUUGUUGUUGCUGUUUUAAUGAAAAAACUUGAUGUACAUAUUGAGAGAGGUUAA